AGUGCCUUCACAUUGUUCAGUGUGGUGUCUUGCACGGAGCAUUUCGUUACUCUUGAGAAUGUAUACACUUGCAACAAUAUUUUGUGUGAUAUUGCCCAGUUACGGCGCGCUCGGUGCCGGACUUGGAGAAACUGGGCAAUGUGCAACGCCUGCAGAUGUCGCCUUCGUCAUCGACAGCUCAAGAAGCAUAUGGAACCCGAACUUUAAAACCCAGCUUGAGUUUAUCAAGCAUCUCGUGGAGAAAUUUGUCGUCAGUAAAAACAACACUCACGUUGCUGCUUUGACAUUUUCUGACAAAGUCGUCCAACAAUUUCAUUUCAACGCUGUUCAAGAUAAGGAUAGGAUCCUUUCUCAGCUCACGGCUAUUCGGCAGGACGAUGGAUACCAUACAUUAACUCACACAGCUCUUGAGGCGACCAUGACUGACCUAUUCGCUCAGGAAACCGGUGCCCGCGACAACGUCCCGCAUAUUGCUAUCGUACUCACGGACGGUAAAGCCACGUAUGGCGCCGCAACAUUACAGGCAGCUGACGAUGUAAAACAAUCAGGGAUAAAAAUUCUGACAGUAGGAAUUGGAAACCAAGUUGAUGACGAGGAGCUUAAGGCGGUGGCAUCUCCCCCGGCCUCGAACAACUAUUUCAAGAUCAAGAAUUUUGACGACUUGAAAGGCAUCAAAUGGCAGCAACUAAUCGCCUUACAGGCAUGCGAGGUGAUAGAAAAAACAACAACAGCUUCCCCACAAACGACAACAACGACUGCUACUUCUACAACCAUAAAAGUUACAACAACAACGACAACACCACAACCACCACCAACAACAACAACGACGACAACAACAACGAAACCUACUCAAACCACAACAAUGCGGUCUACAACUUCUGAAAAGAUGCCAAAAGAUGAAGAGACAAAUGCGACAUGCCAGGGUAAACAGGCCGAUAUUGUCUUUGUCAUCGACAGUUCUGCUAGCAUCUGGCCAGAAGAUUUUAAAACUCAAUUGUCCUUCAUUAGUGAUGUCAUCAGUCAUUUUGACGUCGAAGGCGGCAAAACACAGGUUGGGCUUAUAUCGUUCAGCAAGGAGGCCAAUGUGGAGUUUUAUCUGAACGAGUACAGAAGCCGAGGGCAGCUAACGGCCGCAGUCGCCAAUGUCAAGUUUCAAGGAGGCAACACAAACACCCAUCUUGCCCUCAAGACAUUGCUAAAUGACGUCAUGUCGGUGAAAAAUGGAGCCCGCCCACAGACUGCCGCACGGAUCGCUGUUCUGAUUACAGACGGUCGGUCCGCACGACCCGACCUGACAUUUUCAGCUGCAAAGGAUGUCCAUACAGACGGCAUCUAUAUGUUUGCAAUCGGGGUUGGAAACAAAACGGACCGUGCCGAACUGAAAAAAAUGGCGUCAAAACCAGUCAACGAGUAUACGUUUGAGGUGAAUGCGUAUGGUGCUCUUUCAAGGAUCAAGCAGCUCCUUGCUUACAAAGCAUGCAAAGUUCCUGGAGACCAACCGAAAUGCACAAGCGCCUUCGAGGCAGAGAUCAUGUUUGGGAUCUAUGGUAUCGGCGGUGAAUCCAGGCUGCAAGUUACCGAGUUCAUAAAAAUGAUUGGAGACUCCGUCGGGGUUUCCACAAAUGUUAAAAUCGGCCUUGUAGAGAGCUGCAACAAAGCUGACAUAGCUUUACAGAAGUUUACAAAGGAUAAUCAAUUUGCACCUGCCGUGGAAGAUGCUAUGCAGACCAGCGCAUAUUCUCUUGUCAGUCGCGUCCGUUUGGGUUUUGGAAGAAGCGCAACGAAAGCCAACCGUUUUGCGAUAUUUCUUAUUGCCGGCCCGAUCAACGACUUUGAUGAGACAAAGGCUGAUCUACUAAGAUUGAAGUACAGCACUCGGAGCAUUGUUGUCGGAGUUGGGUCGUCUGUGGACAGGAGUCAGCUGAAAGACCUGGCGAGUUACAGAGACAAACACACACCGGACCUGUCACACGUGUUUCCGGUAGAAAAGGCGGAAAACCUUGUCAACAUAGUGAGGAAGGUUCUAAAUCUCAUGUGCAACGACAGUCAAUAAAUAGGUUUGUGUAUGGACGUCUAAGCGACUAACUAUUACACGAUAAAUAAAAUUAAAUGAAUGCCUUUCACAUUGUGAUCGGCAGGAUGAUUGUUAUGUUAUAUGAAACAGUUACUGUAAUUAAUCAUGGCAUUUGUCCUGUUUAUGAUACAUGUAGCAUGACUGAGUUGUUAUAUGCGUCUAUUGUCCGUUAUAUCAAAUAAAUAAAACUCAAGCAUUA